AUGUUAUCCGAACCGCUCGCAAUCUCAGUCGCGUCGAUCAGGGCUACCUUUUUGUCAGGGCAGCGUUUGGAAGCGUUUGUGGGUGAACAGCAUGAUGUCUCGGCCCCGAUAGUUGCGCAUGCCUGGGGUGAAGAGGUGCAGCAAGAUGCUCUCGAUGUUUUCGUAGUCGUGCCCGCGCAAUCACUCCGCCCAGGUUCGCAACAGCUACUGGCACAGGUGUCUGCAGGGACACUGUACCCAUCGUCUGCGCAGCAGCCAUCCGUAGCGUCGGCACUGCAAGCAGGUUCAGGAUCAGCCUUAGUCGAACUGCUGCUGCUGUCGCCGUAUGCCUUGAUUUCCGUUUCGAGCGGCGUAGGUGAUUUGCAACAUGGGGUUGCUGGCUUCGGCUUCACGAAUCCUGACGGCGAACAGCAUGAGCUGGUAAGCUUUGGCUUCACAGAUUCUGGUGACGAACAGCAGGAGUUGGGUGCCUCCUGCUUUUUGGGUGUUGAUGAAGAACAGGAAGAUUCAGAUGCUCUCGACUUCUGA